GGACGGUGACAGGACGGUGAGGAUGAGAAAUCAUGGCUUGCGGCGCCUUCCCCGCUCCGCAGAAGGUCUAUCCUUCUCGCUCAGUGCUGCUCCCAAACAUUAGGAUAUGAAUCAUUGAUUUGGGGAAUGCCUGAGGCUUACUUCAUGAUGCAAAUAGAUUGGGCGAAAAAAAAAACAUCCUUUUUUUUUUUUUUUUUCUUUCUAUCUAUCUACCGCAUUUUCCCCAUCAUGAGGGACGUUCUCAAGGUUUUCACAGAGAAUUGGUUGCGACGCGUACGAAAAAAAAAAACCCCUCCAGUUACUUGCUGCCUAUUGCGUGUUAGCGAUUCUUUUGUCUGGUUCCUCUUUCUACUUUGCUCCUUUUUUUUUCCUCUGAAAAAAAAAUCUUGGAUGAUAGAUUUAUGAAAGGGUUAUGAACAUGAAACUUUUCUACGCACAUUCCAA